AUGAGAUACAAAGUAUAUUUGUUGCUAAAAUGCCAAUUGCUGCUCUGCGUGUUCUGGCUGUCGAAUAUUGUGUCCGGUCAAAUUCGUUAUUCUGUUCCUGAAGAACUCCAACCGGGAGCCUUUGUUGGGAAAAUCGCAGCCGAUUUAGGUUUAGAUGUGAAGCAGCUGUGGUCUCGCAGAUUGCGGAUAGCGCCCAGUCCACGGAAGCAGUAUUUCGACGUAAAUGUACGGAAUGGAACUUUAUUUGUGAAAGAAAUUAUCGACAGGGAACUGCUUUGUGGGUCGAAUCUCGAUUGCCGCUUAUCGUUGGAAAUUGAGCUUGAAAAUCCCCUGAGCCUCUACGAGGUGGAAGUGGAGGUUCUCGAUGAAAAUGAUAAUGCCCCCAGUUUCCCGAAAAGCCAGCUUCAUCUUGAAAUUAUAGAGCUUGCAGGACCCGGAAUGCGCUUUCCUCUUGAACCAGCACACGAUCCGGACAUUGGGACAAACUCCUUACAAACCUACCGUUUACAAUCAAAUGACUAUUUUAGUCUGGACGUACAAACACGACGUGGAAAGAGCAAGUGGCCAGUAUUGUUGUUACAGAAACCUUUGGACAGAGAAACACUGGCAACGCAUAGUAUAACGUUAACGGCAGAAGACGGCGGAUUGCCUCCGAGAUCGGGCACAGUGCAAAUUAUAGUAACAGUGAAGGAUGUUAAUGACAACGCGCCUGUUUUCUCCCAGUCGGUUUACAGAGUCAGAUUAUUGGAAUCUGCACCAAAAGGGACCCUGAUUAUUACAUUGAACGCAACUGAUUUAGACGAUGGCCUCAAUGGAGAGAUAGUGUAUUCUUUUCGUAGCCAUAUCUCUUCGACUGCUCGUAAACUUUUUGAUCUGAAUUCCAAAACUGGUGAAAUCAGGCUGAAGGGGAACCUGAACUACGAAGAAAGCAACGUUUUUGAGAUAAAAAUACAAGCGACAGAUAAGGGUUCUAACGCUGUUCCCGAGUACUGUGAUGUAUUUGUUGAAGUGAUUGAUGUGAAUGAUAACGCACCGCAGGUGAUAUUGCGGUCUUCCUCUGCGACUGUUUCGGAAGAUGCUCCGCUUGGCAGUGUAGUGGCUCUGUUUACUGCAGAGGACAGAGACUCUGGAAAAAAUGGUCAGGUGCGUUGUCAAAUUUCAAAUCGACUACCCUUUAAGCUGGACUCAUCUUUAAAGAACUACUACAGAAUCCUUGUACAGCACCCGCUCGACCGCGAAAGCAAUCCCAGGUAUGAUAUUACUAUUACAUGCACGGAUGCGGGGGACCUUCCCCUCAUUUCCAAGAAAACCAUCGGAGUAAAGGUUUCAGACGUAAAUGAUAACGCACCAAGGUUUUCUCGCCCAGUAUUCACAGCAAAUGUUAUGGAAAACAACGUUAUCGGGUCCUCUAUAUUUUCACUGACGGCCUUCGAUACAGACGCUGGAGAGAACGCCCGACUGAACUUUUCUAUCUUGGACUCUCAAGUUCACAAUUUCUCAACAACCUCCUAUGUCUCAAUUAAUUCAGAAAGUGGUGUUAUCUAUGCUCAGAGAUCUUUUGACUAUGAACAAUUGAAAAACUUCCAGAUUCAAGUUCAAGUGCGGGAUUCUGGUACGCCACCUCACACGACCAAUGCGUCAGUGAACGUUGUUAUCCUGGAUCAGAAUGAUAAUGCGCCAGUGAUUGUGCAUCCUUUACCCGAAUACGGGUCGUCAGCAAUAGAAACAAUAUCCAGGUUCAGUGAACCGGGGUCCUUGGUUGUCAAGGUAUCAGCCACCGAUGCAGACUCGGGUCAGAAUGCUCGACUCUCUUAUGAGAUUUUUCAAGCCACACAUCAUAAUCUUUUUACCAUUUCGGCAGAGACUGGCGAAAUUUGGACUAUCCGUCCAAUUGUGAACAGGGAUGCCCCUAAUCAAAGACUAGUGGUUGUGGUAAAAGACAAUGGAAUACCACCACUUUCUGCCACUGUGACGAUUGUAUUAUCUGUGGUUGGGACUGAUACUGAAACGUUCUCUAGGGUCAGCAGUUCUUCGGUGGAUCCCAGAGUCCCUCCUGAACUGAGCUUUUCCUUGGUUAUAGCCUUGGGAAUAAUAUCUAGCAUUUUCCUUAUAAUGUUAAUCAUCCUCGCCAUUAAAGUUCACAAAAACAGGAAAGGUGCGGUCUGCCAGCAUCACUACCUGAGCUCCUUUUGUUGCUUCGAAACAAGAAAUAGUUUCAAUGGAAUUCAAAAGGCCAGUAGAAGCAUUCAGAUACCACCAAACUAUGUUGAAGUGUUUGGGGGCGAUCCUCUCUCCCAAAGAUUCCGUUACGAGUCAUGUUCGACAUUGCAGUCUACCAAAAGGGAUUUCACACUCUCCAGCAGGAACAGGUCAUGUGCAGACCAGAACUUUGUUCUGAACGAAUCUGUCAGUAAAGGAAAUAUUGCAAUGGAGGAUUCUGAAAAAAACAGCAUUCCUGAGGUGAGGCAAUUUGAACCAGACUGA